GUUUCGUUUUCCUCAACAACCUUGGAACAGGAUUUGCAGGCAGCAGUCGCAGUUAAAGGAACAUCUCCAUUCGAACCCUUCGCUGCAGCCGCAUGUGAGCCAGAACCGACGCUCCCCCCGGCGCUUGCGGGCGGAUACACUUUCUACUAGCCAUGCGGCCCCCCUCCUUCGCCCUUGUGAGCCUCCUGUUCCUGAGCCCGACACUAAUCGCCGCCGCGCCGCAUCCAGACACGGGCUCCGCUGCGAGUUAUGACCGACCACCGUCCUCAUGGCGCCGGCUGUCAACCGCCAUCAUAGAGAAGAUCUGUGGGCGUGGCGAGGCACAGAAGAUCUUAGGAACACAUUCCCAUGGCAUCGCUUCUAGCAAUGGUGGUGCUGCCGAGGGCAAACUAUUCGCCCGUUAUGGCCAUGACAUGGUGAUGCGGUUUAAAAUCACGAGCGCAGAGGAGGCUUCAGCGCUUGCGGAGGCAGUGGAGGUACUGUUUCUCGAUGUGUGGGAGUUCAACGAUGACUGGGUGGACAUUCGGAUAGCCCAGGAUGUGGUACCUUCGUUGAUGGGCCUUCUCCCCGACUCCCUUCAAAAGUCUCACGUUCCUCUUAUGCGCGACUUGGAUCUAGCGCACGCAAUCCUCGAUUCUUACCCCACACCGUCUGGUACACAGCCCCAUGAUACCGAUCGCUCCUUUUCCCCACGGUUGAUGCCUUCCUCCCAGUCGAAACGAGAGCACCCAUUCUUUCAAGAUUAUCAACCCCUAAAUGUCAUUGUACCGUGGAUGGACCUCAUGGCCUCCAUGUUCAGCACCCAUGUGCGCAAAAUCAAUGUUGGCAUCAGUUACGAAGGACGGGAUAUACCCGCGCUCCGCGUUGGGGUGCACCCUACCAACGACGAACAAAAGCAAGCUCGGCGCAAAACCAUCCUCAUCACUGGCGGAUCCCACGCACGCGAGUGGAUAUCUACCAGCACUGUCAAUUACAUUGCCUGGAGCCUGAUCAACUCGUACGGCAAAGUGCGCUCGGUUAGCAAGAUGCUUGAAGCAUUCGAUUUUGUCUUUGUUCCUACGCUGAACCCUGACGGAUACGUCUACUCUUGGGAAACCGAUCGGCUAUGGAGGAAGAACCGGCAGCCGACCAGCCUUCGAUUCUGCCACGGCAUUGAUUUGGAUCGCGCCUACUCGUUCAAAUGGAACGGUAACACGACGCACUCGAAUCCGUGCAGCGAGUCUUAUGCCGGCGAUGCUCCCUUUGAUGGGGUAGAGGCUCAACGGUUUGCCGAAUGGGCCAAGAACGAAACGGAGAACAACAAUGUGGAAUUCCUGGGUCUGUUCGACAUGCAUUCGUAUUCGCAGCAAAUACUCUACCCGUAUUCCUAUACAUGCGAGCACGAUCCACCCACCGUCGAGGACCUUGAGGAGCUAGGCCUAGGUCUGGCCAAGGCAAUCCGAACUUCCAGGAAGGGCCACAGUUACAAGGUCACUUCGGCAUGCGAGGGCAACGUUGCCUUGCAGAAGAACCCCAAGGGCAAGGAUGGACGCAUUGUCUUUCCGCGCAUCGAGUCGACAGGCGGGAGCGCUCUUGACUGGUUCUACCACGAUCUGGGCGUCAAGUACGCGUACCAGAUCAAGCUUCGCGACACGGGUAGUUACGGGUUCUUGCUGCCCCGCGAGAACAUUGUGCCGACUGGGGAGGAGCUUCUAGAAGCCGUUCUCUAUUUCGGACAUUUUGUGCUGGGUGAAGUGGGAUUUAGUGUAGAGGAGCCGGAGCUUGUUCGCCCAGAGGAAGCUGCGGGAGAGACAGCAGAGAUGGAUUCGUCUGAUGAGAUGGACGAAGCGGAGGACCCCGAGGGUCAGGAUACGUCGUUGUUCGAGCUGCGGAGGAGGCGUUGAGUGAUGCGUCUAGACGGUAUUGGUACGGGAAUAUGUUCCAUGUAUUCGUAUGAUAAUGAUAAUAGGUGUACAACAGCCGUGUGCGGUUUACCUUCCACCUUUAACCAGACGAG